AUGGCUCCAGAACUCCGAAAAAGAAAAUCGGUUUCCGAAGCUCAGAAGAGCAACGGCGUCGCCAAGACUGCGGAAAAGCCUACGCCAAAGGGCAAGAGAAAGGCUGCGGAGGACGCCUCCCCAGUGUCAUUGAAGAAGCAGAAGCCUUCUAAAAAGGUUAUCGCGACCGAAAAGCCAGCAAAGUCCCCAAAACAGUCCAAGCCAACGAAGGCUACGAAGGCUGCGAAGGCUGCGAAGCCGGCAGAGGAGGAGGACGAUGUCCUGCAGCUGGAUGACUCCGACGACUCAGACGGCGAGGAUAACGACAACGUCAAGAAUUUAGCUGCUGAGAUUGACUCUGAAGACGAGGCACCUGUCGAUAAAGCCGUGUCCUUCAAACCAGGCCAGGAUGUUGGCAAGAUCCCUUCCGUGUCCAAGGAGCUCGCAAAGGCUGCCAAGGAGGCCACAGGAGAGCCAGGAGUUUUGUACAUUGGCAGAAUCCCUCACGGUUUCUACGAACACGAAAUGAGACAAUACCUCUCUCAGUUUGGCCCUGUUAGCCGCGUUCGUCUGUCGAGAAACAAGAAGACCGGUGCCAGCAAGCAUUUUGCUUUUGUGGAGUUCCAGGAAGCAACCACUGCGGAGAUUGUUGCCAAGACCAUGGACAACUACCUGCUCUUUGGACACAUCCUCAAGUGCAAGACUAUCCCCAAGGAGAAUGUCCACGAUGAUUUGUUCAAGGGAGCCAAUAGGCGAUUCAAGAAGGUCCCGUGGAACAAGAUGGCCGGUCUAAAGCUUCAGAAGCCACAGGGCGAGUCGACCUGGAAGACCAAGGUGUCCAAGGAAAAGACCAAGCGCGCCAAACAGGCCGCCAAGUUUAAGGAUAUGGGAUACGAGUUCGAUGCCCCGGAUCUGAAAGAUGUGCCGCCUCCACAAGCCACCGAAAACGCUGCUGAAGAGCCCAAGGCCAUAGAAGCUGCCCCCGAGGAGGAGCCUGUUCAAGAAGAGAUCAAGGCAUCCAAGAAGUCCAAAGCGGAGGAGCCCGCUGCUGAAGCUGAAUCGAUACCCGCACCUAAAGCCAAGGCUGGCAAAGGUGCCAAGGGCAAGGCAAGAAAGGGAAAGGCUUGA